GAUGAGCCCAAGGGUGGGUAACGCGCUCUGCCUUAGUCUGUACCUGCCAGUCUAUUCUCAUGCACUUCAUAGGCUAUUCUUGAGAGAGUUGCGAUGCUCAAACUGCUUAAAUAUCUGCAUGGUUCGGAGCUUGUGGCCAAGUUCCAGAGGGCAUGCGGUCUGUUCCCCAUCGAAGCCGCGCAUCAGAACGGAAACUGGGCGAACCCUCCGCGGGAGACCCCGCUCCAAGACGCGGACGCACCUGACAAACUUACUCGACUGCGGUGCGGUAAUGGACACGCUAUUACCAAUGAACAGGACAGCAACUCAAAUGACAAACACAAGGAAAAUGGAUACGGUGUUGGUGUAAGUGUAAACUUCUCUAUGAGAUUUGAAUGAGUUAUUGAGUUUGAGAAACAGAAGAAAGUAGGCUCCCACUGGGCAAAAACAGGUUGAAACAACGUUGUUUCCAGGUAAUUUCAACCCAAAAAGUCAAUGUGAUGACGUUGAAUCAACGUGGAAAACUGAUUGGAUUUGCAAAAAGUAACAAGUAAUCAAUGUAAGAUCAUUUUUUCAUCCAACUUUUAACCUUCUGUAAAUCCAAUGACAUGGUGUAUUCUCUGUUGAUUUUACGUUUAAUUCAUGUUAGUUGACAACUCAACCAAAUGUAAAUGAAAAAUAGACAUUGAAUGAUGUCUGUGCCCAGUGGGCUAUAGGCUAACUUCCCAGGUCCUGCGUUAUGGGCGGGCCUUGGGAAGGUAGCCUAUACCAUACCUCCUUGCCCAUCCAAAUAAAAUAUUUAAAUAUUGAUAAUUUAUUUGACUGAAACGCACACCAACAGAAGGACUCAUCAAUCAUAUAAAACAUCCAAGCGAGCGAAACUGCACCGCUCUGUCUCAGUAUGUGUAGCCCAUGUAUCUGAUGCUGCCUGAUCAAAAAGAGUAUGGCAUGUCAUACUCUUUUCGGCCAGAUAGCAUCAGAUACAUGGGUUACAUAUUGUGAGACAUAGGGGCGCUGUUUUGCUCGCUCGGAUGCUUUCUCCAGUGAGAUAGUUUCAGCCUUGCAAAUUGAAGGGAGGUUUGCGGGGGCACAGUGUACUGUUCGGAUGCUGGAAUUAUUUUGGAAGAACCUGUGAAGGUAACCUACUUUUUGAAUAGGCAGCACGUCCAAUAGGCUUAAAAGGGAAAUGCUGAGGGAAAUGUUUGUAGACUAAUCACCAAGCCUCGGUGUGAAAGAGCAACAUAUCAUUAUCUGAUGAGCCCAUAUAUCCAGUGGAAACGUCAUAAAAUACCUGAACACUUUUCCCAAAAACAGCUGUCUGUCCCGAGCUCACUGGAAAACAUUGAGGGCCCGGAAUAGGCUAGUUGAUACAAUGUUGCAAGUUCGCUGGCGGGCUGGACCCAGUUGAUUGAUUUGAUACAAUGUUGCACUUCACUAGCGAUAGUUAAUGUCAAGAAAGAUAGAAAGGGAGGCAAACAGGCGGAGAGAUGAAUGUGAUCGAAAGAACCUGAAUUUUCAUCUGGAUAUUUUCUACUGUUUUUAUUUGUCGGCUUUAUGUAUUUUUACUUAGUUUACAAUGGAAGUUAUAGGCCUACUGCUACAUUGGCCUAUAGGCUAUCUCUAAGUGUUAGAAAUUGCUUAAUUCAAAUCUGGUAUUGGAAUAAGAAUCAAGAGAUCUACAAUCCAAGCUAAAUUUAUUAUAUGCAAAAUGUAUGUAUGAUAAGUAUGUUGGUUCGUAUACGGGCUCACUGAAAUACCACGCAGGGCAGACAGAGAAACUAAUCCAUUGUUACAGAUUGUUCUUCAAAUACUCUGACAGUUUUUAGUUCCCGCUCUCUGCUGGGCCUAUCAGAGUAGAGACUGAGCGUGGUUUAGACUUACUCAGCCAAUCCGUUGGCGCACCGGCUGGUCCCCGCCUCUUGGCGCAUCCCUGUUGCCAGGCAUAAGUUUUUAUCAUAACAACCUGUCAUAGAGAGAAGAGCCAGCCCCCCUAGACACCAUUCCUACGUCCAAGGACGGUUCACAGAUCACAAAGAAGCAGUAUAGUCUAGUAUUUGGAGACACAAAUUAUUAUCUUAUCUUACCCCCUAAAACAGCUCUUCACAUCAAUCACAGCUUGCCAGGUGAAACAAGACCCUCCAUGCCUUAAUCAUUAAUGCAUUCCUUCCAAGCUAGUCAUCCCAUCAAUUAUGAGAAUAAUAAAUCCCCACAUAAGUUCCAUGCAUGCGCUCAUUUCAUUAGCCACCAAUUAGAUCACGGUGUAUCAAUGUGUCCAUUUGAACUUUUAGAUUAAUUCAGAUUUUUAGGAUUAACCAAGUCAUAAUGAUAUUGAGAAAUGAAAACGUUAUUAUUGAAAUGAACCUGUUCAACGAAAAUGCAUAAAUGAAAAUCAUAACUGGCACGUAGAUUGGUAGAAAUAGUAGAAUAAAUUGUAAGCUUCCCCAAACUUGAAACUUAUAUGCUGCCUAUGAAGUGAUUUGUUUGACAAUCAGAUGAAAACAUAUUGACUGGUUAUGUUCAUGCCACGUUACUAGACUAACAUUGUGGUCCUCUGUAGCUCAAUUGGUAGAGCAUGGCGCUUGUAACGCCAGGGUAGUGGGUUCGAUCCCCGGGACCACCCAUACGUAAAAAUGUAUGCACACAUGACUGUAAGUCGCUUUGGAUAAAAGUGUCUGCUAAAUGGCAUAUUAUUAUAGUAUUAUUAUAUGGAACUGUUUUAAGAUGGCCAUGAAUCAUUUAGCUAUUUUAUUUCGAAUUUUAGGACCCCUGUAGGUAUAAUUUAUUUUUUAAACAAAUAAUGUGAUGAAAUAUUGAAUGUGGCCUUUACUACUAUAGCCCAUAGAAGGCAUUACAUAACACAUUCAUAAAUGGCAAAACAGACAAUCCCAAAAUAAAUCAUAAGGAAUAAGGAUUUUGAAAUGUCUGCCCUGUAUCUAGGAGAUAUAGGAAAGCUCAGGAAAUAUUUACGUUUUUGGAAACAUAUUUAACCCCUUUUUUUUGUUGGCAAAAGACGACCUCCAUACUUUCAUACAUUUUUUAACUGGUACCGGGUUACCUUCAGACGAGUCCAUGAAGCUUGUGGGGGUCUGCAGAGCAAAACAGAGAACACCAUUGUGUUCGUGAGAGUCUCAUCUUUCCAUAGAGUGGUCAUAUUAGUUUGUAACCGUUCGGACACUACAGACAUUUUUGUGAGAAGACCGAUUUUCAGGAUGUCUCAUGGUCUGACAAACACCGCUGUAGCUCGGCCACCUUCCACCGCUGAUGAGGAAGGCCGACAUAGGCUGAUGUGGUGGAUUGAGACGCAGCCCAUGCAGAUAUCUCUAGCUUAAACUUACAGAUUUUGAUGGGAUUUUUGUAUUAUGUUACUUAGAUUGACGCACGAGUGCAUCAAUUGACUCUUAAGAAUGUAUAUGUCUUUACUAUAAAACCCAUUUUAAAAAAUUGUCCCGUGAAAAUAACAUGCCCCCUAUGGAAAUCAAAUGCCCGUCCAACUGAUUCGUUCUGGCGCCGGCCCUGUACCUUCCGACAGUCUUUUCUUGUUAGUCCACCUUUCUUUGAUUGAAGGUAGCCUACAGAUUGCUUACUGAUUGAUUAUCCGAUAGCCAAGAUUUGUUUUGCAUUCUUAUUCAUUGCAUUUGUUUUGAAGAAUGAAACCAAGUAGGCUAUGAGUAGUCUAAACAAACAACCCAUCAUCUGUGUUUGUUAGGCUAUUCAAAUGUGACUUAACAUAGGCUACAUAGCCCAUGACCUGACUUGAGCAGUUAGCCUAGGCUAUUAUUUAGUUUAAGCUACUUUAAACUUAGAUACAACAGACAUUCAAUAUCGAAAGCAGGUCGAACCUGAUGAGGACUGUCGAUGGUCUUUUGGCUGGUGCGGAUGAGGAUGCUAUCACAACUGGAUCAGACAUGCUUCUGUUUCUCUUUUCCCGCCAUCACACAUUGGCUGUCCUGAUGGUGACUCCCGGAAAUGGCAGUGCCUAAAACAUGUUUGUCAAAUUAUUUUCCAAAAGACAAAACAUUUUUCUACAUUGAAAUCAGAAGUAAACUGCCAUUCAUCGCGUUCCAUAGGCUAUCCAUGUGACUCGUGACAUAAAGACUGCAACUGACAAAGCUGUCCAAAGGCUGGAAUUGAUAACAAUGCUUCAUGGUCUAUUAUUUUCUACAUGAGUCUGCUCCUGCCAACUUGUACAAGUUGUACAGGUCGAGCCGAGGUCAUAUACAAAUAGUUAAUUUCACUAUAUGUUCAUUUGAGGCUACAAGUGGUUAUCUUGUUCAGCAUAUGGUUACAGAUGAGUGAAAAUGAUUGGAAUGACAAUGACCUGCAAUCAGCCUCCUUUUUGUUAUUAUACUGUAGGCUACUGUGCUUUUACACUGUGAAUGCUAGUCUCAGAAACCUGUCUGUCUAGAGAGACUACUCCUCUUCGAAUAUGUGAGGUCCUAACUCUGUACCCACCCACAGGUGUCGGCUAGGCCCCAGUAUGAGGUGAGGAACCGGCUUCUAUACUUCCUGUUCCUGGUGUCAGCUGGGCUGGGUCACGAGGUCUUCUACAUCACCUUCCCGCCUUGCUUACACUGGAACCUGGACCCCUUCCUCUGCAGACGCCUCGUCAACAUCUGGACCGUAAGUCACCAGUGGUUGCAAAAAGAGAGAACAUAUUUAUGUGAGGAAGGAUGGUUUAAAGAACAGAGAAGACUGUACUCUGCAUACCAAAUGGAACCAUAUUCCUUAUAUAGUGGACUAUAUAGGCCCAAUAUAGUCCACUACUUUUGACUAGGGCCAAUAGAGUCCACUACUUUUGACUAGGCCCAAUAUAGUCCACUACUUUUGACUAGGGCCAAUAGAGUCCACUAUAUAGGGAUUGGGGUGCCAUUUUGGAUGCAGACACAGUCUUCUCUGCUCUUCAAACCAUCCUCCCACACAUACAUCUCUUCUCUCUCUUCCACUGCUACCUAUUCAAUUCACACCUGCGGUUUCAUUACAGAAAAUACAUGUUAAACUGUUGGAAAUAACCACACCAUAAGUCAGAUAUGGUAUGUCUUGGAGGUCACAGACUGAUGCCUUGCUUGAACAUCCCAUACAAUCUCAUGUUUUAUUAUAUGUGCAAGAGAGAGAGAGAGAGUGUGAGACAAUGAAGCUCUUCUACUCCUUCUCCCUCACCUCCUCUCACCCCUUACCCCUCUCUGACCCAGCCUUGCAUCCCUGUCCCCCUUACCCCUCUCUGACCCAGCCUUGCAUCCCUGUCCCCCUUACCCCUCUCUGACCCAGCCUUGCAUCCCUGUCCCCCUUACCCCUCUCUGACCCAGCCUUGCAUCCCUGUCCCCCUUACCCCUCUCUGACCCAGCCUUGCAUCCCUGUCCCCCUUACCCCUCUCUGACCUCACCACCAUGUCCCCAGGCCACAGGGACCACAUGGGCCAGGUUGACUGGUACUACAGGGUGAAGCGACAGGCAAUAUAACAGAACAGGAGGGUCCUUAAAUGACUCACUAUUUGACAAGCACCAAUUAACAAGCACACAAUUUCAACCAUUGUGUUAUAACUGUUUAUUACUGAGUUGUAAACAAUCUAAUAAUGAAUCGUUUAUUCUCAUAGAUCAUCCAUGUUCCUGCAUCUAGUUAUGCUUUGACCAUGAAGCUCAAACACACAGACAGACAGACACACACACACACACACACGCUCUGAUUUGAGUGACAGUGAGUUUGUGUGCAGUAUGUGUCCUCUCCUCCAGAAUAAGGUGUGUGUCCUCUGAGCGACCUGCCCAUGUUCUGCCCCAGGGGAGGAACGGUUUGGGGAGUGAACUCUGAACACCCAGACACCUGUAAACUCCAACACACAUGCUUGCUUGCUCACUCACACGCACGCACGCGCGCGCGCACGCACGCACACACAAACACACACACACACACAGUCUGUUUUAUUGACCACGUCAUUGCUUUGAGGUUCUCUCUCUAUGGGAACCAUUGGGUCUGACGGCCCUCAGGGCAAACAGCCCUGCACUUGUAAAGCCCCCUUUUAUUUUGAAGCUGGUGUUUUCUAGGGUUCACGCUGUCCCCUCACACACACACACACACACACACACACACACACACACACACACACACACACACACACACACACACACACACACACACACACACACACACACACACACACACACACACACACACACACACACACACACACACACACACACGCACACUCCUCCUCUCGUUUAUCACAACACACACCUUACUUACAGGGUAACUUCGGUUGCCAUGGUAACACAUGGUUUUUCUUAAUGAUCAUAACUAACAUCACUAAAUUACAGACUGUGACCCUCUCCACUCUGGUCCUCUUCCUAAAGCAUGCUGUAUUGACAGGAUUUACGCCAGCAUUUAUUACAUAAUCAUAAAACAAACCAACUACUGUAUGUGUUCUCCAUGACAGCAGGGCAGAUGACCCUUUGCCCCCUCUAGCCAGUCUGACUAGAAAUAAACUUCGAUUUCUGAUAUUUGCAAAGGUCACCAGAAUGUCGAUAAUUCGAUAAUGUUCAAACCUCAAGUGCGCUGCUUAGACCACUGCACAACCAAGUUGUUUUUUAUUACGUUGUUUUAAGCCUUCCCCAAACCGUAACCUUAACCCCUCGGAAUCAAUGCCUAAACUGUUAACCUUUGAGUUGUUUCUGUUUUAACCCUGUAACCACGCGGAAUUUCUGCUGUAACCACUCAGAAUAAAUGCAUCUAAAAUAGACUUUCAUCCAUAAUAUAUCAGAUUUCAAAGGGAAACAAUGAGAUCUUGUUGCAGGAACACCCCACCCCUCCCCAACCCACCCCACCCCUCCCCAACCCACCCCACCCCUCCUUUCCCACCACCCUCCCAUGUUGACAGAUCAAAGUCCAGAGUGGCACUGGGCCCGAUCAAUACUCUCAUUCAUUCAGCUAAAUCUGCACUGCUACUAUCUGUUUAUGACCUGGACCAUCUUUAACUCAUCUCUUCAUGUGAUGGUGCCUGGCCAGUCCUUUGAUGUGGCCCACACAAAGAGCCUAAUGUGUCGGCCCACUGUAUAGGUUGAUCUGAUGACAGUAUCAGUGGGAUUGAUAUGACUGGUGGCCUGUUAACAAGGGCAGGGUACAGUAUUAUUCAGAUUCAGAUUCAGCGUGUUUAAUAGUCACAUGUACAGGGGUUGCAGGUGUGAUUGCAGGGUACAGUGAACAUCUUGCAACAUGCAGGACUAAGUGAAAUAAAAUAAUAAAAAUGGUCAUAAAAAAACUACAACAAUAUAAACAGAAAUAGCACUAUAUACUUCAUAACUGUAGCAGUGAUGAAUAAAUAAAUGUCCAUUGGGGUGGAGGCAGAGUAAACAGUGCCCGUGUCUUGGAGGCAGUAGCAUCAGGGACAGUAUUUCUUCCCAGGGAACAAACGGCUGAUUGCUAAAGAGAUAGAUAGUGACUCUCUUCCCUCCCUCUCUUCCCUCCCUCCCUCCCUCCCUCCCUCAGUCUAUAAUCUCUGGUUGCUAUGUUAACCAUGAGGAUAAGAAGCCUGUAGGCAGUUUUAUCUCACAUGGACCGUGGUUACACAAACACUCACUGAUUAUAGUGUCCCCAUCCUGUCAGUAGGAAUAGUCACCACCUCUAUAUCUUUCUUUCUGUAGCUUGCGCACUCCUUCCUAACCCAUUUCUCUCUCUCUCUCUCUCUCCUCUCUCUCUCUCUCUCCUCUCUCUCUCUAUCUCAUCUCUCUCUCUCUCGCUCUCUCUCUCUCUCUCUCUCUCUCUCUCUCUCUCUCUCUCUCUCUCUCUCUCUCUCUCUCCUCUCUCUCCUCCCCCCAGCCUGGGUGGAGGGUCAGCCCCCAUGUCCCACUAGUGCCGUCUCCUAAGGAUGUGUAGUAGACAGUCAGUGUGUACUGAUUGGCCGCACAUCCCUGGCCUGGCAUGGCCUGCACACUGCACACCCUCUCUGGCCCCGUACACACUCAGGUUGUACAACUGAUGUACAAUGCAUUUGUCGCACAAAAGUUGUGAUACAACAUCAUUUUUCUGCACAAACUCUCUGUUGUAUCACUAAAAUAGUAUUUGAUUCUUAAAGUAGAUUGUGUUACUGGGCAACUGCAGACUAUGCUCCUUUUAUAGAAGUGUGCCUUGCGUCUUCUUGCAAACCGGUUGCUACCGACUGAAUGAUUACUUAUUUAUAGGAUACUAUGUGGCCAUUCUUAAUGGAGCAUUGAACAAUCAGGUUAGCUUCAUACAUUACAAUGUUUUUUAUUUAUUAUUUCCACAGUAAAAGUGUACAGAGUUUCAACCAAUCAAUCAAAUGUAUUUGUAAAGCCCUUCACGAAGAUUUACCCUCCUCUCCGCCUCUCCUAUUUUCCUGUCCUCUCCUCUGCUCUCCUUUUCUCCUCCUCUCUUCUAAUUCUUUCCUCUACUCCAGAUGGUUAUGUACAUCGGCCAGGCCCUGAAGGAUGUGCUGAAGCUGCCUCGCCCUCUAUCGCCCCCGGUGGUUAAGCUGGAGAAGCGUGUGGACGCUGAGUAUGGCCUUCCCUCCACCCACGUCAUGGCCACCAUCGCCAUCUUCUUCACCCUCCUCCUCAGCGCCCCUUCCAGGGUUCAGGUGAGGCCCAAGCAGCGCCCUGAUCCCCUUGGGUCCCAAGCUUCUGCUACUCAGUCUUGGGGGAGACCCAUCGCUUGCACACUCCCCUGGGACAAGGCCUGUACAGAACCAUAGAUGUAAAGUAAACAUGGAGAGUUUGGUGCCAACAAAAGUAUGUGAAAACACCUUCAAAUUAGUGGAUUCGGCUAUUUCAGCCACAUCCGUUGCUGACAGGUGUAUAAAAUCGAGCACACGGCCAUCCAAUCUCCAUAGACAAACAUUGGCAGUAGAAUGUCCCAUAAUGAAGAGCUCAGCAACUUUCAACGUGGCACCGUCAUAGGAUGCCACCUUUCCAACAAGUCAGUUCGUCAAAUUUCUGCCCUGCUAGAGCUGCCCUGGUCAACUGUAAGUACUGUUAUUGUGAAGUGGAAAUGUCUAGGAGCAACAACGGCUCAGCCGCGAAGUGGUAGGCCACACAAAGUCACAGAACGGGACUGCCGAGUGUUGAAGCACGUAGCCCGUAAAGAUCGUCUGUCCUCAGUUGCAACACUCACUUCCGAGUUCCAAACUGCCUCUGGAAGCAAAGUCAGCACAAGAACUGUUCGUCGGGAGCUUCAUGAAGUGGGUUUCCAUGGCCGAGCAGCCACACACCAGCCUAAGAUCACCAUGCGCAAUGCCAAGCGUCGGCUGGAGUGGUGUAAUGCUCGCCUCCAUUGGACUAUGGAGCAGUGGAAACGCGUUCUCUGGAGUGAUGAAUCAUGCUUCACCAUCUGGCAGUCUGACGGACAAAUCUGGGUUUGGCGGAUGCCAGGAGAACGCUACUUCCCCAAAUGCAUAUUGCCAACUGUAAAGCUUGGUGGAGGAGGAAUAAUGGUACGGGGCUGUUUUUCAUGGUUCAGGCUAGGCCCCUUAGUUCCAGUGAAGGGAAAUCUUAACGCUACAGCAUACAAUGACAUUCUAGACGAUUCUGUGCUUCCAACUUUGUGGCAACAGUUUGGGGAAGGACCUUUACUGUUUGUCGAGAUCGGUGUGGAAGAACUUGUCUAGUCUGCACAGAGCCCUGACCUCAACCCCAUCGAACACACCUUUGGGAUGAAUUGGAACGCCAACUGCGAGCCAGCCAAUAGCCCAACAUCAGGGGCCCGACCUCACUAAUGCUUUUGUAGCUAAUGCAAGCAAGUCCCCGCAGCAAUGUUCCUAAAAUCUAGUGAAAGCCUUCCAGAAGAGUGGAGGCUGUUUAUAGCAGCAAAGGGGGACAACACAAUAAGGCCCAGAUUUGAAGCGUUUAACGCAAGUGUCCAAUGGCCUGUAGGUAUUAUGACAAACAAGCAACAUGCAAUUUCACGGGUUACGUUAAAGAAUUCAUGAAGAAAUUCAUGGCCCUAAUCUAGGAAAGACUGGGAGGGUGCAGCUGGGUGGCUAGCCCCCCUUGGCAGCCAGGCCCAGCCACGUGAGCCAGGCCCAGCCAAUCGAAUGAGGGUUUUCCUACAAAAGGUUUUCAUUACAGACAGAAAUACUCCUCAGCACCCCCACCCCUCUUCAGGACGAUUCCUGCAGGUGAGAAGCCCGAUGUGGAGGUACUGGGCUGCGUGGGUACACGUGGUCUGCGGUGUGAGGCCGGCGUGGGACGUUACUGCAAAUUCUCUAAAACAACAUUGGAGGCGGCUUAUGGUAGAGAAAGGAACAUUCAAUUAUCUGGCAACAGCUCUGAUGGACAAUCUUGCAGUCAGCCUGCAAAUUGCACGCUCCCUCAAAACUUGAGACAUCUGUUACAUUUUGUUGUGUGACAAAACUGCACAUUUUAAAGUGGCCUUUUAUUGUCCACAGCACAAGGUGCACCUGUGUAAUGAUCAUGCUGUUUAAUCAGCUUCUUGAUAUGCCACAUUUGUCAGGUGGAUGGAUUAUCUUGGCAAAGGAGAAAUGCUCAUUAACAGGGAAAUAAACAAAUUAAAUUUGUGCACAAAAUUUGAGAGAAAUACGCUUUUUGUGCGUAUGGAAAAUUUCUGGGAUCUUUUAUUUCAGCUCAUGAAACAUGGGACAAACACUUUACAUAUUGCAUUUAUAUUUUUGUUCAGUGUAGUUUGCCGGACUCUGUACAGCCUUGUCCGAAAACAACCACUUGCCUCCAGACCUUCAGUGUAUGCAGACUUGAAGGACCUGAAAUAGGUGGAAGCAUCUCUGUUGAGGGGGCUUGUCUCUCCUGAGUCCUGACCCUGACUCCUGACUGCCCCUCCUGGACAAUGUGCUGGGAGGGGCGGAGUGGCCAGUCACCAUCAGUCACCAUCAGACACACCCACACAGCUGCUGUUUGUUCCUCUGAUAGACUACAUAGAGUAAAUGACUGUCAAUCUCUCUCUCUCGCUCUCUCUCUCACACAGACACACACACACAGAACAAUCAAUCAAUCAGCUACUCAAACAACACCAGCCUCAGAUACAGUGGUAGUGUGCUGCAGUGGUGACAUUGUUUCUGAGAGAGCAUGCAUAGCUACGCAUGUGGUGACUUAGUUUCUGUUUCUGAGAGGGCACAUAGCUAUAGAUGUUUAGUGGUCUGGUGCAGUGGUCUGAAUGGCCUGAGGCGAUCUCGUAGGUUCUGAGGGGUGAAAGGUCAGGACAGUCAAUCACAGUGGCCCCUCCAUCCCAGCAUGCUUUGUGUCCAUUCAGAGUCCUCUCUUCAGUAACUUCUUCUGAAAGGCCCUCCCAGCUGCAAGGGAAAGGAACAGACAUAGGAAAGAGAGAGAGAAGCAGGAAGGGAGGGAGGGAGAGAGGGAGAGAGGGGGAAAAUGAGAAAAGGAGGUCAAUGAAUACACAUGACAUGGGCUCUCUUCACAAAUGGAGGGAAACAAAAACACAAACAGGUAAAUUAUAGAAAGGAGGGAGCGGGAAGGAAGGGGAGAUGGAGAGAGACAGUUGAGUAAAACGAGAGGAUGACUUUAAGGAAGUCUAUAUGUCAGUGGCAGAAUAGAUGGAUGACAGAAGAUGUAGUUGUCUCAGGGGGAUUGACUAAUGGAGGACUUGAUCAACAGGAGGAAAAGGCUAGACAAAGAGGAAAAGAGAGAAGGAGAGAAAGAAGUGGAAGAUAAGGGCCCUGCCCAGAAACAACCCCUACCCCUAGAGCCGUGUGUAGAUCUGGAGGAUUGGAAAGGUGUAUAAGGAAUACAUCCAUUUCCCUCCGAUUGGCUAGGUGGAUUUAGCACGUUCCGAUACUCUCUGUACUGAAAAAUGUUGGGAAUUUCUUGGUUCCACCUUCAUAGUCUGACAGACUCAAGCUGAUGAGGUUUUCAGAUCGUAUCCAUCCUUUAUCAGAGUAUCAGAGAAUGUCUCUUAUCAGAUAGUUGUGUAUUUUGUAGUAGUGUGUGUGUUUAUGUGUGUGCACAUGUGUACCCACGUCUGAGUCAGUGGAGGCUGCUGAGGGGAGGACGCCUCAUAAUAAUGGUUGGAAUGGAGAGAAUGGAAUGGCAUCAGACACAUAGAAACCAUGUGUUUGAUACCAUUCCACUCCAGCCAUUACCACGAGCCCGUCCUCCUGUGGUCUGAGUGUGAUUUGUGUGUACCUCUAUUUUCUGUCCACAGUUCCAGUUUGAAGUGGGUCUGCUUGUGGCGGUGGUGCUGUCUGUGUUGGUGUGUCUGAGUCGUCUGUACACAGGCAUGCAUUCUGCUCUGGUGAGUCUCUUCCGAUGCUCUGCCCCGACAGUACUGUAUAAAACAUUCAGACCCAAUGCAGGAUUUAUUAUUCAUACUGUAUGUCUGGCUGGCACUCUUAGCUAGGGGGACCUGCCUUUCACUUUGACACUCAUCAUGUCAUUACAUUAGAAUAAGUAGUUCAUUAUGACCUGUAAAGGGUUUUUGGAGUAAAGAGGAGAUAAGGGAGGUUCCAGAGUAACACUCUGACCAGAGGAGGCUGGUGGGAGGAGCUAUAGGAGGACGGGCUCAUUGUAAUGGCUGGAAAGGAAUAAAUGGAACGGUAUCAAACAUAUGGAAACCACAUGUAUGACUCUGUUCCAUUAAUUCCAUUCCAGCCAUUACAAUGAGCCGGUCCUCCUAUAGCUCCUCCCACCAGCCUCCUCUGACUCAGACUAGCACUUCAUCACCAUAAAGACUACUCACCUUUCAAACUACUAUGAAUAUAUCUGUCUAAGCAGUUACAAAAAUGUAUAACAUACAUGUAUAUACUCACCCGCCCUGCUGGUUUCAGGAUGUGAUCUGUGGUGCUCUAAUCUCAGCCACAUUGUUGUUGGUCACCUAUCCAUACUGGGAAACCUUCGACCGGCUCCAGCUCACCUCCCCACUCUCUCCCAUCGGGGCAUUGGUACUGGCCCUCUUCCUGAGCUACACCUACCCUGAGCUGGACCAUUACACCACCACGCGGGGGGACACCACCACUAUCCUGGGGGUGGGUGCAGGCUGUUCUGUGGGUUACUGGGUAAAUGAGAGGCUGGGGGAGACGUUUGAGCCCCAGGGGGUGCUACCCAUACCCCUGCCAGCACUGACACUGGGUGGCUUAGCCCUGGGCAGCGCCCGCUUUGUGGUGGGUGUCGUGGCGUUGGUGGCGACUCGACAGAUGAUGAAGACAGCCAGUCUGUGGGUGCUGUGCUCCUGGUAUGGAGUGUCAGUCAAAGACAGAGACGCCAGGCGAAGGAAGGAGAUCGAGGUGCCGUAUAAAUUCACCACCUAUAUAUCCAUAGGCCUGGUCCACUCUAUUCUGGUCAAUAGACUGUUCAUAGGACUGGCACUGCUAUGACCCAAUGCUUUUAUGAACUGUU